AACCCUCAAAACUAAAUCACACCCCUAAUAUUAAUAUACAUAUUAUAUUUCUUAAAUGUUAUAUCUAUAUUCGCGUGCAGUCACUUUCGAAAUGCAGUAUUUUAUUCUUCCACAUUGGGGGAAUUUGUGUGCGAGUAUCUGCAAGUACUUCGUAUUUCCCGCGAAGGUGGUGUCGGAGUGCACGGCUCGUGCGCGCCGCGCAUGCGCAGGCAGCGCCAGCUGCGGGCAGCGGCGGCACGAUGGUCGGUUAAAUGCCUCGUACGCAUGCAUAUACGAGCGACGAGCGUGAACGGUGGUGCGACGAGUGCGCCGUGUGAUGUAGUCCUCGAUGCUGUGCGAGCGAGUGCGUAGUAGCGUGCGUGUACGUUCUCUUUCUCUCCGUCUCUGUCACGAGCGUGCUAUCGUCCGGACGACGCGGCGAUGAGCGUUUCCGCGAUCCGCGAGUGAAUUCUUCAUGCCGACGGUUAUCCCGACAGAUUAUGCCCGCACCAUCACUGGCACCAUGACGGUUACGCGAGCUGGUGAACGCAUCGUUGUGCAGGAAACGCAGCGGUUUUAAGACGAGCACAGAGACUUCAAGAUGGCCACAAAAACUGACGACACAGCGUCCAUCGAUAAUCCCAAUGAUGGAGAGAGUUUGGAUAAGGAAAUAUUGACAAUCGGUGGGCCCGAUGGGAGAAGACUUCCACCGACAUACUUGUACAACACGGGAUCGGUACAGAGUACAGGGACCUCGGAUCAGGAGCAAGCCAUUCGAAAUCGCACUCCGGCCACGGAGGACCAGUUAGGCCCAUUACCACCCAACUGGGAGAAAGCGUACACAGAAACGGGAGAAGUUUAUUUUAUAGACCACAAUACGGGCACGUCACACUGGCUGGAUCCACGUCUGUCAAAAUUCCAAAAGAGAUCUCUGGAGGAAUGCCUCGACGACGAACUACCGUACGGCUGGGAGAAGAUCGACGACACCUUGUACGGCACGUACUUCAUCGACCACGUGAACCGUAGGACGCAGUACGAGAACCCGGUGCUGCAAGCGAAGCGCGCGCAACAGACCCUGCUCGAGAGGAAGAGCCCAAACUUCACGAGGAGCCCCGAGAAAUUGAAGGGUCAGAGGAUACGCACCACCUUGAUAAAGAGUUCACGGGGCUUGGGAUUCACCAUUGUCGGCGGUGACGACACCGUGGAGGAAUUCCUACAAAUUAAGAGCGUCGUGCCAAACGGUCCAGCCUGGCUGGAUGGGAAACUGCAAACCGGAGACGUGCUGGUGUACGUUAACGACACCUGCGUCCUGGGUUUUACACAUAACGAGAUGGUGAAUGUAUUCAAGUCAAUUGGCAGCGGCGAGACGGUGACUCUGGAAGUGUGUCGAGGUUACCCGCUGCCUUUCGACCCGAACGAUCCCAACACGGAAGUCGUGACGACGAUCGCCGUUAAUGCGCCAGAGGAUCCCGCGGUGUACAUGGAUCUAAACUCGUCUCUCCAGGACAACGGACGCUUCAAUUUUCUGGAUUCGACGUUCUUGCCGGUGCACGGUCUUCAAAACGGCGAGAACCUCGCCACGACGUCGGUCAACUCGAUGCCCGAUCUUUGCAUAUCGGACAAGAUCAACACGAUCAAACGACCGAGCAGCACGGACAUUCUACUAUCGGAGAACAGCGAUCUGAACGACUGCAAGGACUCCCCGGUGUCUUCCAAGCCAGAGUUUCUCAGCAUCGCCAUCAUUAAGGGGAAAUCCGGAUUUGGAUUCACGAUAGCGGACUCCGCUCAUGGUCAGAAGGUUAAGAAGAUCCUAGACCGUACGCGCUGCAAGAACCUGAUGGAGAGCGACAUCCUGGUCAACAUAAACGACAUCAAUGUCAGGAACAUGCGGCACUCGGAGGUGGUGCAAGUGCUGAAGGAGUGCCCGUGCGAGAAGGAAGCGUUGAUACACGUUCAACGUACGACCACGCUGAAGCUGAAGGAGAAGAAGGAGAAGAACAUGCACGACUUCUUCAGAAGCAAAACGCCGACCGCGGACAUUUACAGCACCCAGUCGAAGACCGUGAUACCCAGCAGGCCGAAAACGCCGCUGAUCGACACGAGGAAUCGCUCCAAGUCGCCGAUCACCAGCGCGGGCCGACCGAACUGGAACGAGGUGCAGCCCGAGAACGAGCUGAAUCCGCUGGAUAAUCACUACAAAUACUCGGAUUACUCGCACGGAAUGUAUUACUCGGACCCGUACAAAGCCAACAUCACGACCAAUCUGUCGGACAACUUCGCGGUGAUGAAUCUCGACGACGGCUCGAUCAGGAACAUGCCGAAACGCGGCGACUGGCCGACGAACGACAAGAUGAACAUCAACAACGACGUCUACUCCAUCGACAUCUCCCACCACGACAACAUGCUCAAACAGAACGGAUAUCUGCAUUCCGACUACUACAAGGACGUUUAUCCCGUCCAGUCGCAUUCCCAGUAUAACGAGGACUACAAUGUCUACUCCAUCGGACAGGAGCAGAACGUCGACACCGGCGAAAUUUGGGAUAAGCGGAAGGAGACCACCAGUUUCGAGCACGAGCAACCACAUUCCAGUUCCAUACCACGGUAUCCUCAAUACCCGAACGAAUUAGUCUGCCCGAUGGUGCCCGACAUAGAAUGGAUAGAAACGCUAGUGACCCUAGUCAGGCAAGACACUGGAUUUGGAUUUCGGAUAGUCGGCGGUACAGAGGAGGGAUCUCAGUACGGUCAGCAGGUCUCGGUUGGUCAUAUUGUCCCCGGUGGAGCGGCCGAUCUCGAUAGCAGGUUGAACAGCGGUGAUCUGAUCAUGUCCGUGGACGGAGAGAGCGUGAUGAACUCUUCUCACCGUCACGUAGUGCAGUUGAUGAUAGCGGCGGCGCAAAACGGACGGGUGACCCUCGGGAUACGACGUCGCAUCAACACGCAGGAACAUUUGCAGGAGAACCUCCAGUCGUACAGCCGGCAGAUGAAUAUUCCCGUUCAGUCGCACUCCCAGUAUCCGUACGACGUCACCGUCACCCGAAUGGAGAACGAGGGAUUCGGCUUCGUGAUAAUCUCGUCGGUGAACAAAGCCGGCUCGACGAUCGGCAGGAUAAUCGAGGGCUCGCCGGCCGAGAGAUGCGGAAGGCUGAACGUCGGCGAUCACAUCCUCGCCGUCAAUCAUAUAGAUAUUACGAACGUUUGCCACAAGGAUAUCGUGAACCUGAUCAAAGAUUCCGGUUACUCCGUCACUCUAACGAUCGGAUACCCGCUUGACGAUUGCUGCAGCAGUACAUCUCUUUCCCAGAAGGAUGAGCCGAUAGGAGAUGGAGACGGGGGUCAGUACCACGCCGUGGAGUUGAAUCGGGGGACCCGGGGUUUCGGCUUCAGCAUACGUGGCGGCCGUGAGUUUCAGAACAUGCCAUUAUUCGUCUUGCAAAUUGCUGAAAACGGUCCAGCGUCCAGCGAUAAUCGGCUCAGAGUCGGAGAUCAAAUAAUCGAGAUAAACGGCAUCAACACCAAAAACAUGACGCAUACAGAAGCGAUUGAGAUUAUACGUAAUGGUGGACCAUCGGUUCGUCUUUUAGUACGACGUGGCUGCCAAAUGCCUUCAGUGCUAUCAUUGCAGCUUGCAGAGAUUUUAAUGUAAAGACAAUUCUACUUACUCAUCCUAACAAAAUUAGGCUGGUGCUAACAUAGUAUCCUUUUUUUUAAAUUAAUCUAAUGGCAGAGUAAACGUUACGCUAACACGUGUGAUAGCUUGAAAGUAUUGUGCCUUGUUGCGCGUGUUCCGUAUUUAAUGAAAUUUAUUAAGUAAAUAAACCGCAGCCUUUCGAAAGAGGGUGAUUGUAAAUCUUCAUUGAAAUUCAUUGUAGAGUAAUCUCACAAUCGACCAAAUAAGUAUUCGACCAAACGAUGAGGGCACCCCGCGCAGACAUUUAUCGAAAUUACCCGAGAGGGGUGUGCCCCCCAAAAAACGUCAGAAAGUUCGAUUUUCCAUUUCACUGAACUGCUGCUCAUCCAAAAACAAAUAUUUAUAGAAAGCGCUUUUGGCGAGAUUGCGUUCUCAUAUUUCUCGAGGACUAGGCAUACGAGAUAAGCUGAUACAUUUCGUAAGAUUGAAAUUUACUUUACGAAAGAAAGCAAUGCUUGCCGCAUUUACGCACGAAAACGCGCCCAAGCGUAAGACUGCUAUGUAGUUUUUAAAGGAAAGUGGAUCCUUAAUUUAUACAAUUGCGAUGCAAGUGUAAAUCUCGACUUGUAGCAUGUAGAAGUGUACUGAAAAAACGACGUGAGGUGAUGUGAGGAGUUAAGAGAGUGUAAAAUUCUAUUUGUUGAGCCAAAUAGCAUCGAUACACGUGAAGAAUCUAAGAAUUUGAUGUGUUACAUUGCACAGAGGUGACAAACAGCUGUUUAUACGCUGUGAGGUGAUACUGUAGACUGGCAAUUAUAUACCAUAAAUUUAUUAUUCGUCUGCUCUUCUCAAUAACGUUUUACGAUAUAGACUUUUGAAACUUUAGACUCCUGUCGUCGACAAACACCACUUUAUGUAUUCUUUUUAAAUGGCGACGUGAUUGUGGCCUUGAUGAUAUAAAAAAUAUUGCACUUUUUGACAUAUACAUGAAAAGAUGUGAAAGAGGAUAUACAGCGAGUGUUUAAUUUUUAAAGAUUCCGUCAAUGUCUCGUUUCCCCAUUUUUUUUUCUAAGUAUUUAUUGCCACUUAUAUAAAAUGUAUAUGUAUAUCAGUAAUUAAAAUUAAGGACUCAAAGCAACCAAAGAAGCACAUGCACUUACAGCCAUUUCGUUUUGUGGUAUAGUGAUGGAAGGUCAAUGUGAAAGAACUUAUUGUUGUAAUAGAUAAUUAAUCAACUUCUUUCUGGAUAACAACUUAUUCUCUUGUCUACAAUUAUUAACAUGAUAUUUCUAUAUUGAGGGAAUGACGAGCGAAUGGAAAAUAUGCAGAACAAGUUUGACAGAAGCUUUUCUUAUUCACUCUUCCUGUCUUUUUUCGAUAUUUAUAUGAAAGUUACACGUUUAAAAAGAAUAAUGCAUAUAUUUUUUUACUUGUAAGAUAAUAAGAGAUAGCGGAUAUUAUCCGGCACGAUAUUUGUAUUAAUAAGAUAAGGAAAGGUACGGCGAAUCUGAUUGUGUAUUUUUAGAUCUCAGGAUUGAUAUAAGAGUGGAAAAAGUGUUGUACGCAACAUACGUGCGUGACAUUCACAUAUACACGCGGGAAUAUAUUCGUUUAUUCAUUAUACAUGAUUGAACGAACACUGUACAAGCAGCAGCAAACGCAUUUAUUCGGAUCACACUCGUAUCCGUUUUAUAUAAUUAUCGCGCGUUUAUUUUUUAUAUAUAUAUAUAAAAAAAAUUGUAUAUUGUGUAGGAUACUGUAAGUUUCGUAUAAAUGUAUAUAUAUUUGUUUUUUCGAGAGAAUACUUGACGAGUAAUGUUAAUAAUUUAUAAGGUUACUGUAAGAAGCAAUAAGCAAUCAUGAUUCUAUUGAUUCGAGAUUCGUUCGCCGAGAAGUUCGAGUGUUCAUUCUCUACUACUCGUUUUGCCCUCUUUCUUGCCAAAGCUUCAACUAUAUAUUUAUACUUCUUAUAUUCUUUUUUAAUACGCGAUAUAUUAUGGUUCAAGCCACUUUUCGAAGCAAUUAUAAUAAUUUAGGAUUAAUAACUGAAAAGAAUGCUGGAAUGUUUCUGCGUUUUCAUGAAUGCUAUAUUGCGUCUCGAGUAGUAAAGAAGCACCAAUUAUUAAAUAUUAACUGAACUGCACAUACGGAAAACUAUUUUACAAUUGUUUGACCGACUAAUCGGACAAUCAUCUUCUAUGAGCUUGGUAUUAUUAUAUUUAUUGUAAUUCUGAUGUAAACCGAAUUCUGUAUAUGUCCGUUACAUCGUGAAUAAUUGUCGUUGAAUAAUCUUGGAGUAAACUGAGAAAGAAACUGAUAUUGUUGCUAAGAGUAUAUAUAUAUAUAUAUAUAUAUAUAUAUAUAUAUAUAAAAUAUACUAUCAAUAUAUUGUUGUUGAAAUAUACUGAGAUAAUAAAUACUACAUUAAAAGACUUCAGGAAAAUGUGAUUUACAGUUUUUAUAUGUAAUAUUAUUAUUGAUCACAGAAUUAAUUCAACAAGUUCAAACACAUAAUUCUAGCUAGGAUAAUGUAUACACCGCAGUAGACUAAAAAUUAUUGUAAUUUCUAUAAUUAUAAAUAAUUAUAAUUAUAAACAAUGUUUCUGUAGAAUGUAUCUAAUAUAUUGAUGUUUUCCAGCAAA